AUGGGUAGGGACAUUAUUGCCGAUAUAAUAACUUCUAUAAGAAAUGCUGACAUAGAUCAAAAGGGAAGAGUUCAAAUAGUAUCUACUAAUAUCACUAAAAACAUUGUGAAAAUACUUUUACGAGAAGGUUUUAUUGAGAACGUUCGAAAACAUCAAGAAAGUAAAAAAGAUUUCUUGGUUUUAACCUUACGACAUAGAAAGACUAGGAAAGGUAAUAAAAUUAUUUUAAAGCGUAUAAGCCGACCCGGUCUACGAAUCUAUUCCAACUAUCAACGAAUUCCUAAGAUUUUAGGUGGAAUGGGAAUUGUAAUUCUUUCUACUUCUCGAGGUAUAAUGACAGAUCGAGAAGCUCGACUAGAAAAAAUUGGAGGAGAAAUUUUGUGUUAUAUAUGGUGA